AUUGGACAGGAAACAGACUGGCUCUCCUGGUCCUCUCCUCCAUCUCAGCCCAUCCAUUCAUCUUACCUCAUCCGCCCCCUGCAUCACUGCAGAUCUAUUCAUAGCUCUUUUUGUCUAAUUCCAGCAUCCAGCCCACAUUGCUUUUUACUCCGUUUCUGCCUACUUUUAUUGAAGUUCCUCAUCCAGAGCAGCAGCUGUGUCUCGCCCAGUGUUGAAACCACUGUCACAGCCUCUUGCACACCUUUCCACCUUUAUUUUACCUCGUAGCUAUCCUGCUCGGCCUUCCUCAGCUCUGUCAGUAUGUGGUCCAACUUCUUUGUACAGCAGGAGGAGGAUGGUCGUAUGGGGGUGGCAGGGGCCGGGCAGGGUGGAGGCAUGGCUGGAAUGAAAGGGUUUAGAGGGCAAAGGCGGACCAACAAGAUGAGUGACAGCCAGGAGGGAAAGAUCAAGCUGGCUUUCUUUGUGGCUAUUGUCGGGGUGACCCUGACCGUGUUGGGCAUGGGGACAGAGUUUUGGGUGGAGUUGGCCCAGCCGAAGAAUUUCAGCGGCAACCAGACCUGCCAGAUGGCCCACUACGGCCUGUGGAAGGGCUGCGUCCGCACCCUGUGGGUGGCCGACAUCGACCCGGAGAGGACGAGCUGCGGCCCUGCUGAACUACCUGGAGACUCCAACUGCACCUACUUCAAAUUCUUCACCUCUGGGGAGAACGCCGUCAUAUUCAAGAAGACGACAAACAGGAAUUUGAAUCUGGCAGCAGCUGUCUUGGCCCUGCUGAGUCUCACCAUGAUGGUGAUGGGCUCCAUCUGCAUCGCCAUGUCGCUCAGCAAAGGCGUGAUCUUCUUCCUCAAGCCAGCCUCCUUCUGUUUCAUUCUGUCAGGAGUUCUGGUCCUUCUGUCGGUUCUGAUUUUCCACCAGUCGGUGCUGGCUCUGCUGUCCAGUGACCACUCCAUUCCUCUUCACCACGAGCUGUCCUGGUCUGUCGCCUGCGUCGGGUCGGCGGGAGCCAUUCUCAUUUUCGGAGGUUUCCUUUUCAUCAUCCUCGCUCUCCCUUUCAGCCCCUGGCAGAAAUGUUUGCCACACAAGAAUAGCACCACUUAGUUCUUGAAAGCAAACCCACGAGCACAGUAUUCUUAAAAUGUGAGAGCAAGUGUAAACCAAUUUCUCACAGCUGUGACUUUAAGCUCGCUCUUGGCAUGUAACUUGCUAUAAAAAGUCACACUAGGUCUUAAUUACAUUUAUGAAAAAUAGCCAACAACACAUGCAGAACACAGUAAGGCCUCUAAGUAAACUUCACCUUUCUUUUAUUUUUAGCUGUUGGAAAAACAAAGCGGACGACUGUUUGGAAAUUUAAGCUGUUGAUGUUGGGGAAAAAGUGUCAAAGAUUUGUUUGCACAUACCAGGAGCUGUACAACUGCAAAUAAAUUUAUUUUAAUUAAAAUACUUUUCUACUUAAUUCAAUUUAUAGUUGGUUUUCUAUGAACCUAAAGCAAUUCAAAGCACAUUAGUUGUCCAUAAC